AUGAGCCCCCUUAAGUGGGGGCUUUUGCUCGGUUGCCUGGGCUGUGGAAUCCUGCCUGGAGCCUGGGCACAGUUCCCCAGGGUCUGCAUGACGGUGGACAACCUGGUGAGCAAGGAGUGCUGCCCGCCGCUGGGUGAGGACCCGGCCAACGUCUGUGGCUCUCUGGAGGGCCGGGGCCAGUGCGAGGAGGUGCAGGUCGACACCAGGCCCUGGAGUGGUCCUUACGUCCUACGGAACCUGGAUGACCGAGAGGGGUGGCCAAGGAAGUUCUUUCACCGGACCUGCAGAUGCAGAGGACGUUUUUAUGGCUACCACUGUGGAUUCUGCAGGUUUGGCUGGACCGGCCCCACUUGCAAUGAGAGGAAACCCCUGGUUGUUCGGAAGAAUAUCCACUCCUUGACCCUGCAGGAGAGGGAGCUGUUCUUGGACGCCUUAGACCUGGCGAAGAACACCACGCACCCUGACUACGUGAUCACCACGCAGCACUGGCUUGGCCUCCUGGGGCCCAACGGGACCCAGCCCCAGAUCGCCAACUGCAGCAUUUAUGAUUUCUUUGUGUGGCUCCACUAUUACUCUGUUAGAGAUACAUUAUUAGGACCAGGGCGCCCAUACAAGGCCAUAGACUUCUCCCACCAAGGGCCCGCCUUCGUUACCUGGCACCGGUACCAUUUGCUGUGGCUGGAAAGGGAUCUCCAGCAACUUCUUGGCGAUGAGUCCUUCGCUUUGCCCUACUGGAACUUUGCCACUGGAAGGAACGAGUGUGACGUGUGCACAGACGAGCUCUUUGGGGCAGCGAGACAAGAUGAUCCAACUCUGAUUAGUCGGAACUCUAGAUUCUCCAGCUGGGAAGUUGUCUGUGACAGCCUGGAUGAUUAUAAUCGCCGGGUCACCCUGUGUAAUGGAACUUCCGAAGGCUUGUUAAGAAGAAAUCAGGUGGGAAGAAACAGUGAGAAACUGCCAACUUUAAAAGAUGUACAAGAAUGUCUGUCUCUCAAGAAGUUUGACAAUCCCCCUUUCUUCCAGAACUCUACCUUCAGCUUCAGGAAUGCCCUGGAAGGGUUUGAUAAAGCAAAUGGAACCCUGGACUCGCAAGUGCUGAGCCUGCAUAACUUGGUUCAUUCCUUCUUGAAUGGGACAAACGCUUUGCCUCACUCCGCUGCCAACGAUCCCAUUUUUGUGGUACUUCAUUCCUUUACUGAUGCCAUUUUUGAUGAGUGGAUGAAAAGAUCCAAUCCUCCUGUGGAUGACUGGCCUCAGGAACUGGCACCCAUCGGUCACAAUCAGAUGUAUAACAUGGUUCCUUUCUUCCCUCCGGUGACUAAUGCGGAACUCUUUUUAACUGCAGACCAGCUUGGCUACAGAUAUGCCAUCGAUCUUCCAGUUUCAGUUGAAGAAACUCCAGGUUGGUCCACAGCCCUCUUGGUGGUUAUGGGAAUGUUGGUGACUCUGGUUGGCCUUUUCGUCCUGCUGGUUUUCCUUCAGUAUAGAAGACUUCGAAAAGGCUAUACACCCCUAGUGGAGACACAUUUAAGCAACAAGAAGUACACAGAAGAAGCCUAG